AUGGCAGGGGAAAUUAUUGAGAAGUGGUCAAAAUUGAGUAUUACAGAGGAAGAGAAUGAAAUUGCAGAAUUAGGAGGUUCGAAUGAUGAAGAACAGAACAAUAAAUUAGCCCUAUCUUUGGUGGGGAAAUUGCUGACUAUUAGAUCAUAUAACUUUGAAGCUCUACAAAAUACCCUUAAACAGAUUUGGUCUUUGUCUCAUGGGGUGUUAUUCCGCAAGAUCGAGAACAAUCUAUUUGUUAUACAAUUCUUCCAUUGGCGUGACAAGGAGAAAGUUCUUGAUGGUGCUCUAUGGAAUUUUGAUAACCAAUUGCUUUUACUCAAGGACAUUCAGGGGGACGAACAACUUGAGAACAUUGACCUCAAGUUCUGCCCUUUCUGGAUCAGGUUGUAUAAUCUUCCGUUUGAUAACAGGUCCGAUGAGGAUGUGAAGAAAAUUACCGAAAAGGUUGGAGUUGUUUUGGAGGUUGAGCAAGACGAACUGGGGUGGGAUAAAUCAAGGAGGGUUCGUGUUAUGAUUGACACAUCAAAACCUAUUCGCAGAAUACAGAAAAUUCGCAAUAAGAAAGGAGUUGUUACUUCGGUGCAAUUUAAGUAUGAGAGGUUGUCUACUUUUUGCUUCUUGUGUGGAAUCCUUGGCCAUACGGAAAAGGAUUGCCCCAAUGCUGACGAAGACGAGGAAAUUGAAGAGAAGCAAUGGGGGCUAUGGUUAAGGGCGUCGCCUCGAAAGGGGCAUGAUAGGUUGAAGGAGGAGGUCGACAGUCUACGGAAGAAAUCACAAUCCCUUGUAUUUACUCACAAGCCCGAAUCACUGUAA